AGUAUAUAAAUUUAUAUACAGUUAGACUGAAGUGAACUUUUUAUACUUUCAUCUACUUUCUUAAUCAUGGAAUAAACUUGAUAUUUCCUAUAAAAUGAAUCAAUUACUUAACAUUGUAAGGAAAUAUUCUCCUCUUUCCAGAAUUGAUGAUACAGGAUUUGGUAGACUGCAAAAUGAUAUAAAUUGCGUUGUUUUCAACGCUCCAGUCUCUUAUCAAGACGUUAUUAAUCUUAUACAAUGCUGUAAAUAUGAAAUUUGUUCUAAGGAUGGUUUUACUUCAAAUUCCUGCGGAGAACAAGCGUUAAACAGAGUUGUUCUAUUUUUAGUUACUGCAAUAGCUCAGAAUUUUUCAAUGAAUAUUCAAUACUUAUAUGGAAUUUAUAAAGAAUUAUUUGAUGUUUAUAUAUAUGUAUACGAAGGAGAUUUUAUAUCGUCAGGAGUCUAUCAAACUCUAAAUUUUCUUACAAAUAAUCCAUACCAAGACCAAUACUUGCAGACUCAAUUCAAUGAAUUUUAUAUAAGAAAAUUACUGAAGGCGUUAUGCCAACAUUUUCAACCAAAAGCACAAGAUAGAGCAGUUGGAGAAUGGCAGUCGAACUUUUGUAAUAAUCUCUAUCAUAUUUUCAACCUAAUGUCAAAGGUUGAACUUGAAAAGUGUAAAUAUGACAUUACAGAAGCAUUAUUAUAUUGGACUGAUAUAAGUAUGGGAUGCCCAGAAAAUGAUCAAUCAAAGCAGCUUAUCUUUGAUUUUUCAACAAAUAUGAUUGUUUUUUUAGACUGUACUGCUAAAUUGAUAAUUCAAUAUCCAAAUAGCCAUUCACUUUAUUAUGGUCUAAGCGAUGAAGCCUUCGAUUCUCUUUUAACAAGGAUUCAAAGGAUACUACUAACGCCAGAUUUUCCUCAAAAUUCUAACGUAAAUAAUGCUAUGAUGCUAUUAGUGCAAGAUUGUUUGGCAGACUUUGUCCUAAAAAGUACAGAUAAUAAGAUAUUAUGUAAGAUUUAUGGUUUAUAUACAAAAUUACGUACGUCACCAAAAUGGGAAGUACAAAAUUUAAUAGAAGACAUGGAGGAACCAUUCAGUGAAAAGAUGAAAUCAAUUAAAUUGACAGAUUAUGGAAUGAAAAGUGAAUUUGAUAUAUUCCUCGAUGAAUUAAAAUCAUUAAAUAACACACGAGCAGUAAAUGAAUUUGUUCAGAGACACGAGGACAAAUUUAAGGAAGAGUAUCUUCCGAUUUUAAGUUUUUUUGAAAAAUAUGUUGCCAAGAGUAAAUUAGUAAACUUUAAAGAAAAUCCACAAUUAUUAAGUUUUCUAUUCGAUGAAAUGUAUAAAGCAAACUGCGGCUAUUACCAAGACUCUAAAGAUGGAUUUUGGGCAAUUGGUAGAGGCAUUCUAGGCGCAAUUGAAAAACAAGGCUUACUACAAAAGUUAAAGAAAGAUCUAUAUGAAUUUGUUGAUAGAAUGUACGAUCUUCCUUUGCAUCCUUAUCAUUAUAGCGUUUGCUUUAUUUCUUAUAAACUUGAUUGGAAGGGUGAAUUCGAUAAACUUGAUAGAAUUUUGAAAAAGUUAAAAAAACUAUUGGAAAGAGAUCAUAGUCAUUUCUAUAAAAAUGAUAUAAUUGUUCAAGUGACCCAAUUCGUCUUUGAAUAUUUUCAUAAUUCAAAUGGCAAAAAUAAAAAGAUCAUUGAAUUUACAAGCGAUUUUGCAGAUCUGUUUAACUAUUGUUUUACAUUACCUUGGGCGAUUGAUUUAAAAGAUGAGAGGUUGGAAGGUAAACACGUCGAUCUGGAAAAGAGGAGAACGUUAGCUGGACAAAUUUUAAUACAUUUUAUGAGAGAUAUUUACAAAACAAAUAGAGAUUUCGAUGAUUUCAUAAAACCGAUUGUUGGCACUGUAAAACGGAUUAAAAAUCAGAAUGAUGAUGAAAUUUUACAGGAACAUGCUGCCACAUUUUUAAGAAGCAUUGCAGACAAAUUAGACCUUCUCGGCAAUGAAGCUGGCGAAGAAAUCAUCAAGGAAUAUGUGGAGAGUCGUGAUAUUAGCCAAUUCCCCAAUAUUGUUGAUAUGUAUCCCAAUUAUUGCGAUGCUAUCUACAAAAAUCUUGAAAUUUUUGUGGAUAUUGUAAAGGAAGAUGAAGAGCUAAGUACAUGGAACAUGACUCAAUUAUUGAAUAAGAUAGUUCACAAUGACUAUGCCAAAAUUAAUAACAAUAUCUUCAAAUAUAUGAUGAGUCUUUUCGAUUCGAAAUAUGGUCCGUCACUUAUAGAAGCUUAUAGAAAAUUAGCUACAGCUCGAUUUAGCUACUUUCAAGACUAUCAUACUAAAAUUAUGAACACUGUUAAAUCUUACGAAUAUGGUAGUUCUUACUUACCUCUUUUACCAGACUUAUGUCAAACUGAGCAACUAACCAAAUCUUAUACCAAAUUGGUCUGGGAUAAAAUAAAAGUUACUGCUCCAGAAUAUGUUAAUACUGUAUUCGCUGCUCUAAGAGAAAUUGCUUUACGAAAUAAAAGUGCUGUUGCUGUUUACAAAUCAGAUUUGGAAAAGAUGAAAGAUAAUCCUAAGAUUCAUGACCAAGUUCUUGGAAUUUUGGAUGUUUUAGAAGGUAGAACUUUGGAAAAAGUAACAAAUGAUAUUGAUGAACAAAGAGAGGACAUUGAGAAUCUCGAUUCCAGAGUCACUGAAAAUGAAGAAAAGAUUGUUGUUCUCGAUGCCGAUGUUAAAGAAACAAAGAAAGAUGUUGCUGCUGUAAAAUUAGAUAUGAAGGAAGCAAAGAAACGCCUUGGUCAAAUUGAAUAUACAAUGAAAGGACUCGACGAAAGAGUUGAACAACUAAAUCAUAUGACUCUAUCACACGCUCCAGCAUGGUCUCGUCAUGUUUCAGAGUUAAUGAAUGUCAAGUCUGAUAAUGAUUGGAGACUUCUCUCUAUGAAAUUGAACUAUUCUAAUGAUGAUAUUCGAAAUUGGGCUACUCAACCAGAUCCUUGUCUGUCAAUGUUGGACGAAUGGUUCGCUACACACAAAACUAGAGAAGCUACUUUUGCUAUUUUAAAUAAUUUGAAAGAAAUGAACAGACUCGACGCUGCAGAAAUUGUGGAAAAUGCUUUAGCUGAUGUAAAAAAUGUUGUUAAAGAUGAUAAAGAUGAAGAAUUUGAAAAACCUGAAAUAUUCCUCAGCUAUCAAUGGGGACAUCAACAAGAAGCUAAAAUGUUAAAGAAACACCUAGAGAUGGCCGGCUUUAAAGCCUGGAUGGACAUUGGUCAAAUGGGUGGAGGCGAUAAACUAUAUGCAAAAAUUGAUGAUGGUGUAAGAUCAGCUAAAGUAAUCAUUAGCUGUGUAAGUGAGAAAUAUGCAAAAUCAGCCAAUUGUUGUAGAGAAGUAAAUCUAUCAACUAACCUUGGUAAACCAAUGAUUCCUUUACUUAUGGAAAAACUCCAAUGGCCGCCUGCUGGUCCGAUGGGUCCAAUUAUGUCGGAAUAUCUAUAUGUUCAAUUCUACAAAAAUGGAGGCAUGCAAAAAGGUGAUACUGUAUUUUGGAUGCCUCCUAAAUUUCAAGAGCUACUGAUGCAAAUUCGGUACUAUGUUGUUCCUGAUAUGAAAUUAAUAACUAAAGAUUCUCCAUAUGCUGGAUGGAUGAAUCCACCUGAAGAAAUUAUAAUAAUACCAAAGAGAGAGCAAAAGGCUAUAGAAUCUAAAAAAUCAAAUACUAAAAAUGAGGCAGAAGUGAUAAGUCCCGAUGUUUUCAUCUCUUAUCAAUGGGAUAAACAACCUCAAAUCAAACGCCUAUAUAAGAAGUUGAGUGGAUUGGGAUAUCAUUGUUGGCUGGACAUAAUGCAAAUGGGUGGUGGAGAUUCACUAUUUGAUAAAAUUGAUAAAGGAAUCAGAGGUUGUAGAGUUGUUAUUUCCUGUGUCACACCGAAAUAUGCUUUAAGUGCUAAUUGUCGAAGAGAAGUUUCAUUAUCGGGAGCAUUAAAUAAACCAAUCAUACCAUUAUUAUUGGACAAUAUGAAGUGGCCUCCAGAGGGACCAAUGUCAAUGGUAUUUACUCAACUGUUAUAUAUAGGUUUUCACAGGAAGAAAGAUGAUAAACUAUGGGAAGGCGAUGAAUUUAAUCAAUUGAUUUCGAAAAUUGAUAUGAAUGCACCUGGUGGCAAAAAUGAGCAGCAAUCAUCUAGCAAAGCAAUAAACAAUGAAACUGAAAAGAAAAAUACACAGACAAAGAAAACGGAUGAAGAGUCUAAGAAAGAAGAGAAAAAUGUUGGAGAUGAAGCCAAACAGCCUGAACAGUCUCCUCAACCUAAACAAAGAGAUAACUCUGAACCCUCAUCUCAUAAUACUAACAAUACCCCUCCGCCUAAAACAUCAUCGACAUGUAAUAUUCUAUAA